AUGGAUCGUGAUAGUGCUAAUGCAACUCGUUUGAGAGUUAACCGUAUUUCAUUAAUCCAACAGAUUGAUACUCGAGAACUCAUACCGAAACUUAUUCGUACUAAUAUUAUAUCUGCUGACCAUGAUGUACAAUAUAUUAAUCGAGGUACAUCAAGAAUUGAUCGUGCACGCCGCUUAAUUGAUUGUCUUCUUGGAGAAGAAAAUGAAAAUGUGAAUCGUCCAGUCAAUUGGUAUUUGCUAUUUCGUAGCAUUCUACUAGAAAACCCAUCAGUCUAUACUGAUCUUGUAAGAGUGCUUGAUACUACAAGAAUUCAAACGCCGGAUGUUAAUAAUUGUAAAUCAUCACAAGCAUUUACUGAUCAACCAAAUAGUAGUCAAUCAGAUGAACACCAAGAAAGUAAUAAGCAAGAUUCAUUUGAUCAAACUGAAGAACAACAAAUGAAUAAUUCAAAGAAAAUAAAUAAUAUUCAAAAUCAAAUAAAAAACAUUCAAUUUGAUCGAUAUGCUAUGAAUAAAAUUUUAAUUGAAGGCAGUUUUCAAAAGGUUAUUGACAACCUUACAUUUAAUUCACAGAUUCCUGAGCGUUUAUUUACUCAACUCAAGCAUUCUACGAAUGCUUAUGAUCGUGAACAACUUCUUAGUGAACAAAAGGUGUUUGAUAAUAUGCGCCGAAUUGAAUUAUUUAUUAAUUUAAUGAAAGAAGAAAAAUCUCUAUCGAAUCAGAAUAUUUUCGAUACACAAGUAGUUGAUUUACUUUUCAAUGAUCCUGUUCAUCAACAUCAUUUUUAUAAAUAUUUCUUUUCUCUAUCACUCGUUUACGGUAUUCAUUAUGAUCAACAAUUUACUCAAGCAUUUAGAAAUUUACUUGAUAAGCAAAAUAAUGUAUUAACAGCUAUUGACAACGGAUUUCUGCUAUAUCAUUUUUUAUAUAACUAUGGACGAUUUGAAUUAUGUCAAGAAAUCAUUGAAUCAAUUGUCCAAUCAUUAACAAAAUUAGUUAAAAAUCAUGACCAGAAAUCAAUUAUAUGGACGUAUUUAUUUCGUGGUUGCUGUGCACUUAUACAAGCACACAAUCAAAGUUUUCAAAUUCAAGAAGCAUGGACAAGAAUUGAAGCAGCUAAUGAAAUUGCUGAUAGCCUUAACGCAGCUGGCAUAGAAAUUGCUAAUGAUGAAUAUGGUUGGUUAUACACUGCAAUAACACAAACAGCUUAUGAAGAUGCAAAUUUUGAUGCUUGCAUACAAUAUAGCUAUAAGGGUCUUAAAUUAGUCGACAAAAAUAAUCAUUCAUUAAUUGUUGAUUUACUUUGUUCAUUAACACAAGGUUUAACAGCAAAAUGGGUUAUGAAUAAAGCACAAGAAACAGCUGUUAUGGCUGUACAAUAUGCAGGGAAAUAUUGUGGUAGGAAUAGUCCAAAAUAUAUUCAUGCACUUCAACAAUUACUACAAUAUUCAAAUGAAUUUAUUCAAGACCAAAGUUCUGUUGAAUUAGCACAGUAUACACUUGAUCGUGCUCAAACUGUGUACGGAUAUGAAUCAUUGACUGUUGCUCAUUGUCAUCGAGCUUUAUCGAAAAGUUUGAUCAAUUUUGCUUCGUUAACUCAGUCUCGCCGUAAUAUUAAAUAUCCCCUAUUUGAAGAGGACAUAAUUUACUAUCAAAAUACAUCGAUUACAGAUCUACCGCCAUCAUCAUCUACAUAUAUUCAUCAUGCUUACGAAGCAUAUCGUAUGGCUCAAGAUUGGUUUGGUGUUGACAGUCGUAUACAAUUAUUUCCAUUUAAGAUGACUUUAGCUCAUGCUUUACAAGCUCAUGUUGCUGCUAAUUUUUCUAAUAAACAAAAUACUCAUUUUGAAGAUGCUAUAGAAUUACUCAAUGAUUGUCUUUCGAUUGCACGAAACAUAUUUGGUUCAAUGAGUUUUAAAGUAGCUCAAAUUCAUCGACUUCAAUCAGCAACAUAUCUCAGUAACAAAAUGUAUAAUGAAGCUGAAGAAGAACUACAAACAUGUUUACAAAUCUAUAAACUUUGCUUACCACCGAAUAGUUUUCAUUAUCUUGUAACAAAAGCAAGUUUAGGUUUAAUUUAUAAACAAAAAGGAGAUUAUGAACAAGCGUUAAUGUUAUUUCAAGAUAUUUCUGAAUCAUUAGAUACAAAAACUCAAUCAUUUCGUUGGAUAAAUAUGGUCCUUGAAAGUCUGAUUGAAUGCCAUUCUCAUAUUGAAGCUAGAACAAAUGAAGAUUCACCUCGAAUAAAAAGUGCUGCAGAUAAAGUUCGUUCAGAGCUAUACGAAUGGCGUCGUGCAAAUAUGAAACGUAUUAAUAUAUUGAAUUUAAUACAUCAAGAGCCUACGCGUUCAUUAGAACAAUUUGUUCAAGAUUUAACAAAAUUUCAACAAACUACUGAUCGUCUUCAUACAUUAAUACAUAUACAACAGAAAGUGCCAACCCGCAUAACACCAAUUAAAAUACAUCAAGAAACUUGA